GUGACAGAUUAACUAUACGAAAAAAAAAACUUUAAAGUUUAAAUCUCGAUAUUGGUACAUACUGAAAUUCUUUAGAUUUUAUUGAUUAAGAGCUAUUUAAACAUACCCCGAACGUUCUAAUUAAGGAUUUAUACAUUUCUAAGAUGACUAAGAGUGAAUCAUAUUGUUGAAUACAGUAAGUGUGUUUGCGCGGGAACAGCCAACAUUGUGUGACUUGUGACAGUGUUUACAAAUAAUUUUAUAAAAUGAAUUCACCAAUCGAAAUAUCUGAUGAUGACGAUAGUAUGGACCCUGAAGAUCAGACAAAUCCUAUCUCCAUUGAUGUAGUAAUUAGUGACGACGACGACGGAAACUCUCCUUGCAAAGACGAAGAUAACUUGCCUCCGACUCUAAGUCAAGAAAAUAAAAAGACGUCUGCACUUAAAAAGUUAUUUUCAAAAUCUAAUAAUGGACCGUCAGUUAGUAAGAUCAGGGAAGAGAAACCUCGUCCACCAGGCAUCAAUAAAAUGAUAGGCGGAAUUAAUGUUAACUUACCAGUUAACCCUUAUGGGUGUCAGGUGGCUGUUAUGUCCAAGGUGAUAACAGGAAUAAAGAACAGCCAAAAUUGUUUACUGGAAAGUCCAACUGGAUCUGGAAAAACACUGGCAUUGUUGUGUGCAGCACUAGCUUGGGUGAAGAAUGAAUGUGGCUAUCUGGAAGCUAUUACACCGAAGCCAGUUGAAGAUUCUAGAAUAGACAUGGAUGACGUCAAGAAACGGCCUAGAUAUAUUCUCAAAUCAGAGCCAAGCUUCAACACACCAGAAUUUGAAAACCUACCCUUCGCCACUGGAAGGUUGGUGUCUUACUAA